GCACUGUCAGUUUUGCAACCUGGGACCAGUCUCUCCCUCCCUUCGCUACUGACAUCCUCCCUGUCCCGCAGGCCUGCAACCCCCGCGUCACCACCACCUCCGCCAUGGCUGCCACGCAGCUCUUCCGUGCGCUCGUGUCGGCGCAGUGGGUGGCGGAGGCGCUGCGGGCCCCACAGGCCGGCCGGCCCCUGCAGCUGCUGGAUGCGUCCUGGUACCUGGCCAAGCUAGGCCGGGACACAAGACGCGAGUUUGAAGAUCGCCACAUCCCGGGUGCCACUUUCUUUGACAUCGACCACUGCAGCGACCACACUUCGCCCUAUGACCACAUGCUGCCCAGCGCGGAGCACUUCGCAGAGUACGCGGGCCGCCUGGGCGUGGGCGCCACCACGCACGUUGUGGUCUAUGACACCAGUGACCAGGGCCUCUACUCAGCACCACGCGUCUGGUGGAUGUUCCGUGCCUUCGGCCAUCACGCGGUGUCUCUGCUGGACGGCGGCCUCCGCCAUUGGUUGCACCUGAAUCUUCCGCUCAGCUCUGGCAAGAGCCGCCCUGUGCCCACCGAGUUCAGCGCCCGGCUGGACCCCACCUUCAUCAAGACCUAUGAGGACAUCAAGGACAACCUGGAGUCCCACCGCUUCCAGGUGGUGGAUGCCCGAGCCGCCGGCCGCUUCCGCGGCACUGACCCGGAGCCCCGAGACGGCAUCGAGCCCGGCCACAUCCCCGGCACUGUGAACAUCCCCUUCACGGAAUUCCUGACGGAGGAGGGCCUGGAGAAGAGCCCCGAGGAGAUCCGACACCUGUUCCAGGAGAGGAAGGUGGACCUGUCCCAGCCCCUGGUGGCCACGUGUGGCUCUGGCGUCACAGCCUGCCACGUGGUGCUGGGGGCCUACCUCUGCGGCAAGCCCGACGUGCCCGUCUACGAUGGCUCCUGGGUGGAGUGGUACAUGCGUGCCCAGCCCGAGAACAUCAUCUCUGAGGGUCGGGGGAAGACCCACUGAGGCUGGAGGGGACACGGGCCAGCUCAGCUGACACCCGGCCGCCAGCGGUGCACAGCCUGGUAGGCCUGACUCUGUUUUGUGUGAGUGUUUACCAUCAUCUAGUUCAGAUGACGUUUGGGGUGACACCUGAGAAAUUAGUACUCGUGGGGUCCCAGAGGAGGCAGGAGAAAGGUGACACAGGCGCAGGAAGGGCCAACAGGACACAGAACUGCUCCUAAUGGUGCUAAGCUGGGGCCCCGCCUUGCUUCCAUUUUACAGUUGAGGAAAUAAAACAGCCAAGUGUGAAAUCCUUGUA